AUGUCAAGGGUGCCGAGUCCUCCUCCUCCGGCAGAAAUGUCGAGUGGACCCGUAGCAGAGAGCUGGUGCUACACUCAGAUCAAGGUGGUGAAGUUUUCCUAUAUGUGGACCAUAAACAACUUUAGCUUCUGCCGAGAAGAAAUGGGUGAGGUCAUCAAAAGCUCAACCUUUUCAUCUGGAGCCAAUGAUAAACUCAAAUGGUGUUUACGUGUCAACCCUAAAGGCUUGGAUGAAGAAAGUAAAGAUUAUCUGUCCCUCUAUCUGUUGCUGGUGAGCUGUCCAAAAAGUGAAGUUCGAGCAAAGUUCAAAUUCUCCAUCCUGAAUGCUAAAGGAGAAGAAACAAAAGCAAUGGAGAGCCAGCGAGCAUAUCGAUUUGUACAAGGCAAGGACUGGGGAUUCAAAAAAUUUAUUAGAAGAGACUUUCUUUUGGAUGAGGCCAAUGGACUUCUUCCAGAUGACAAACUCACUCUCUUCUGUGAGGUGAGUGUGGUCCAGGACUCUGUGAAUAUCUCCGGCCAGAACACCAUGAACAUGGUGAAGGUACCGGAGUGCCGCUUGGCAGACGAGUUGGGAGGACUCUGGGAGAAUUCGCGCUUCACGGACUGCUGUUUGUGCGUUGCAGGCCAGGAGUUCAAGGCUCACAAAGCCAUCCUAGCAGCGCGUUCCCCAGUUUUCAGCGCCAUGUUUGAGCAUGAGAUGGAAGAGAGUAAAAAGAAUCGAGUUGAAAUCAAUGAUGUGGAGCCUGAAGUUUUUAAGGAAAUGAUGUGCUUUAUUUACACGGGGAAGGCACCAAAUCUUGACAAAAUGGCUGACGACUUGCUGGCAGCUGCUGACAAGUAUGCCCUGGAGCGCCUGAAGGUGAUGUGCGAGGACGCGCUGUGCAGUAACCUGUCUGUGGAAAACGCGGCCGAGAUCCUCAUUCUAGCUGACCUACAUAGUGCCGAUCAGCUGAAAACUCAAGCAGUCGACUUCAUUAACUAUCACGCUUCUGACGUCAUGGAGACAUCAGGCUGGAAGUCUAUGGUAGUAUCGCAUCCCCAUUUGGUGGCUGAGGCAUAUCGCUCUCUGGCCUCUGCACAGUGUCCCUUUCUGGGACCUCCACGUAAGCGACUGAAGCAAUCCUAAAGUCCUGGCGCACCACCCCGUGUUUUUCUGGAAGCAGCAUCAGCUGUUGCUGCUGUAACCUUGACCACCAGGUAGACGGCGAAAUCUGUGGAGCUUUUACUCUGUUGUUGGGGGGAAGAGACUGCUUCGUGACACCCAGACUUUUUAAAACAGCACCAAGUAACUUGGGGAGAGGGGGGAGGGUGGGCCUGGGGCUCUGGGGCUGUUCAACCUAACGAAUCCCUGUCGCUGCAUCGUCUGUGUGUUCCCUUCGACUUGGCUGAGUCAAUUAAGUACAGGGUUCGGUUUAGGCACCGACCCAAGUCGGAAUAACCC